AUGAAUAUCGCCACAGAUAGAGGUAGCACCUUACUUGCGUUGGUUAACAACCUUAAAGUCAGCAUUGCAGCUGCUGCAUUUGCUCCUGAAGCUCAGGUAGAGCCUGCUGACUCGGGUCUUCUUUUCCGUGAUUCUAAGUCUGGCUUCGAACUCGCAGAGGCCAAUGCCAUUGUCAAAUACUUGGCUAAAGACUUUGCUCCAAGCCCUGUCUUUGCUGUCGAAGAAAACGAAAUCUACUCUGCACUCAAAUCUCAGUCCCGCGAAAAGGCUGUUGACGCUUUGAGUAAACUUUCUGUUCCUGAAUCAACAGAAUUGUCUGCCGCCAACAUUGUUCUUUAUGCUGCCGCGUAUCCUUUUUUGUCUGAAGUCAGCAACUUGGCGCAAUGGGCUGAACGUUUUUCUUCUGCUGAUGCUGUUACUUCUGGUGUUGCUCGUGCAAAGUCCGUGACAGUCUUGGUCAGAGAAAUGCCCAAACACACAGGCGCUGUACAUGUUCACGCCGGCUAUUUAGUUAAGCCACAAGGCGACAGUAUCCUUCCAAAGGAUGGCGAACGCAAUAUUUUGAUCACUUCUGCGUUGCCAUAUGUGAAUAACGUUCCUCACUUAGGAAACAUUGUUGGAUCUGUCUUGUCGGCAGAUAUUUACGCCCGUUACGCCAAGAAUAGAAACUACAACGCUUUGUUUGUUUGUGGUACAGAUGAGUACGGGACUGCUACUGAAACAAAGGCAUUAGAGGAACAUGUCACCCCACAAGAAUUGUGUGACAAGUAUCAUAAAGUGCACAAGGAUGUUUACGAUUGGUUUGACAUCAACUUUGACUACUUCGGGCGCACCACAACACCAUUGCAAACAGAGAUUGCGCAAGACAUCUUUAUGAAGUUGUACCACAAUAACUACUUGGAAGAACAAACCACAGAACAAUUGUAUUGUGAAGUUCAUCACUCCUUUUUGGCCGACCGUUUUGUUGAGGGAACAUGUCCAAAAUGUGCCUACGAAGAUGCUCGUGGUGACCAAUGUGACAAAUGUGGAAACUUGUUGAACCCAUUUGAAUUAAUCGAACCCCGUUGUAAGCUUGACAACUCGAAGCCUGUUCCACGUAACUCUACCCACGUUUACCUCAAAUUGAACGAAUUGGAACCUGAAUUGAAAGAAUGGGUAGAAGAAGCAGCCGAAAAGGGCGCAUGGUCGAAGAACUCUAAGACCAUCACAAAUUCCUGGUUAAAGCAAGGCUUGGACCCACGUUGCAUCACCCGAGACUUAGUUUGGGGUACACCUGUUCCUUUGGAAAAGUUUAAGGACAAGGUGUUGUACGUUUGGUUCGAUGCUACGAUCGGGUACGUUUCCAUUACUGCUAAUUACUUCAAGGACAAGGAAAUCAAGGACGGUUGGCAACAGUGGUGGAGAAACCCAGAAAAUGUGAACUUGUAUCAAUUCAUGGGUAAGGACAAUGUUCCGUUCCAUACUGUGGUGUUCCCAGCAACUCAAAUUGGUACACGUGACAAAUGGACCAAGUUGCACCACUUGAACACUACGGAGUACUUGCAAUAUGAAGACGGCAAGUUUUCCAAGUCCAGAGGCGUGGGUGUUUUCGGAAACAAUGCACGUGAAACCGGCAUCUCUCCUUCUGUGUGGAGAUAUUAUUUGGCGUCUGUGCGUCCAGAAACAUCUGACUCGCACUUUUCGUGGAAGGAGUUUGUCACCAGAAAUAACUCGGAGCUUUUGGCCAACUUGGGCAACUUUGUCAAUAGAUUGGUUAAAUUUGCCAUUGCUAAGUAUAAUGGCGUUGUACCGAGCUACGAUGCAAACAAGAUUGCUAACUACGCAAGCUUUGAGAAAGACGUUAAUGACUUGUUGACUUCUUACAUAGAGAACAUGGAGGCUGUCAACUUAAGACGUGGUUUGGAGAUUGCCAUGGCUAUAUCCUCUCGCGGAAACCAGUUCUUGCAGGACAACAAGUUGGACAACUCGCUUUUCAACAACACUCCAGAUGUUUCUGAUGCUGUUGUAGGUGUGGGAUUGAACUUGAUCUACUUGGUUUCUGCUGUCAUUUCCCCAUUCAUGCCAGCGACCCGUGACCAAAUUUGUGAGAUGUUGAACGCUCCAGCCUUGUCGAUCACAGACAAGUUUGAGUUUGUUUUGGAACCAGGUCACAACUUGGGCAAGGCGCAGUACUUGUUCAAGAGAAUAGAUGAGAAGAUGAUUGACGAGUGGAAGGCGGCCUACGGAGGUAAGCAGAAGUAG